CCUGCGGCACAAACACCGUGAGGAGCCGAGCCUGCCCUGUUACCCUGUUUCACCCUGCUGCUCUGCAGAAGCCUCACUAUCCUGCUGCAGGCAGAGCCAGGCUGGCAUCGGGGCUCGGCACAGAAACAGGAAGGACCUGGAAGACCUCUCCAAAGGCCGGCGAUGUCGCCGCGCCUGCUCAGGGCGGUGGGCUGGGGCUCGGCGGCCGUGCUGGGACUGCUGACGGUGGCCGUCUUCGUCCUGGUCCUGAUCCCGGCAAAGGAUGCUGUCCUUCCUACCAGGAUCAAAUACGGUCUGGUGUUUGAUGCUGGCUCCACACACACGGCCCUCUACAUCUACCGGUGGCCUGCAGACAAGGAGAAUGGCACUGGCAUCGUGUCCCAGGUGGAGGCCUGCUCUGUGUCCGGACCCGGCAUCUCCAGCUACGCAGAGGAGCCCACAGGGGCUGGCGCCAGCCUAAAGCCUUGCCUGGACAAGGCCAUGAAGAUCGUCCCGGCCGAGCAGCAGCGGGACACCCCCACGUACCUGGGGGCCACGGCCGGCAUGCGGCUGCUGAGGGAGGAGAACAGCACCAAGGCCGAGCAGGUCCUGGCCGAGGUGUCCAAGGCCAUUGGGGAGUACCCUGUGGAUUUCCGCGGAGCUCGGAUCCUGACGGGGAGCGAGGAGGGCUCCUUGGGCUGGAUCACUGUCAACUACCUGCUGGAGACACUGGUCAAGUUCUCAUUUGCAGAGAGAUGGGAACAUCCCCAGGACACGGAGGUUCUGGGAGCUCUGGACCUUGGCGGUGCCUCGACGCAGAUCACCUUCCAGCCCGGGGUCCCCAUGCAGGACAGGAACACAUCUGUGUUCUUCCGGCUGUACGGCACCAACUACUCCCUGUACAGCCACAGCUACCUGUGCUACGGGCAGACCCAGGCCCUGAAGAUGCUGCUGGCAGCUCUGCACCAGGCCAGCUCGAGUGCCCGGAUCUCCCACCCCUGCUACCCGCGGGGGUACCAGGAGAACCUCACCGUGGCAGAGCUCUACGACAGCCCCUGUGUGCGGGCGCCAAGCUCAGCCAGCCCUGGCCUUGUCCUCAGGGUGACGGGGACAGGGGACCCAGGCGCGUGUGGCACGGCUGUGCAGAGACUCUUCAACUUCAGCUGCGGGGCGCAGUGGCCGUGCGCGUUCAAUGGGGUCUAUCAGCCGCCUGUGCGGGGACAGUUCUUCGCCUUCUCGGGAUUUUAUUACAGCCUUCACUUUCUGAACCUGACUGAAGGGCAGUCCCUGAGCUUGGUUAAUGCAACCAUCAGGGAGAUCUGCAACAGCAGCUGGAAACAGGUGCAGGAGUUGUUCCCCACGGCAAGCAGGACCCAGCUCCGUGACGCCUGCGCAGCCGGCUCGUACACACUCACCCUCCUCCUGCAAGGCUACAAAUUCAACAACACAACAUGGCCUAACAUCCACUUUGUCCAGCAGGUUGCUAACAUAGAUGUGGGCUGGACUCUGGGCUACAUGCUCAAUCUCACCAACAUGAUCCCCUCAGAACCUCCUGCCGCAACCACAGAGCUCCCGAGAAGCAUCUGGAUAGCAGCCACAGUUCUGCUGGCCAUCAUGCUAAUCCUCACCUUCUGCCUGCUCACAGCCACGUGCUGCCAGAGAGACUCCUCGGGCUAUGAGCACCUGUAGAAGUGCUGCCUCCAGAGGCUGCCAAGGCCACUGAGUCCUGCUGCCACACUUCUGCAAGGAGCUGCUUCCUGGGAAUCACUCCUGUGUGCCCAGAGGGCACAGACUUGUCCUGGGGGGCUCAGAGUCCUGGCCUGGUGAGCUGGAACUGGCACAGCUGUAAAACACCCUCCUCACA